AUAUCGAUUACAAAACUUCUGUGAACUUUUUGUACAUACCUUAUUUGUUAAACGUUAUUUUCUGUUAGGAUAUGAAAAUGAUUCUCAUCAUUUAUGGAGAAUUCCAGGUGGUGGUGGUAUUCCUAUAUCAACAUUAGAAUUGGAAUCAAUUGGUAUUGUUAGUGCAUUAAAUGGUUCAAUAUCAAUAUAUCUUACAGAUAAACGUGGUGUUGGUAAAAGUAGUUUAUUAGAAUGUCCAAUAUCAAUUAUUGAAAAUUUGUCAGCUUGUUUAUCAUAUAUAAAAGAAAAUGAAUAUCGUUUAAAAGAAAAUACAUUUACAAAUACAGGAUAUGAUUUAGAAUAUAUUCUUAAAGUAAUAAAUGGUGAUUAUCGUCAAUAUUUAAAAUCUAAUAAACGUGUUAUAUUAAUGGGAUCAAGUCAAGGUACUUAUCUAUUACAACGUUAUCUUCAUAUAACUGAAGAUAAUCAACAAGUUGAUGGAAUAAUAUUUGAUUCAGUUUUACCAACUGAUAUAACACGAUUAACUCAUGGUGAUAAAUAUAUGAAUUAUAUUUUUUUAGAUUUAUUUACACGUUGUUCACAAGAUGAACAAGGAUGUUCAAUAUAUUUUCAAGAUAAUUAUCCAAUUCGUGCACUUUAUACUUAUAAAAUGAAUGAAGAUUUUCAAACAAAUUCAUCUUGUCUUUAUCAAUUAAACAUAACAAGAGAAGAUAUUGAUAAAAAAAUGUCAUUUAUUUUUUAUCCAAAUUCAAUGGAACUUUUUCCUGCAUUAAUCUAUCGAAUAAAUCGAUGUAAUUCGGACGAUAAAAACGUUUUAAAACAUUUUAUAAAUGUAACUCAACCACCAGCUCAAGAUCGUCUACCAGGAUAUUCAAUAUUAGUCGAAUUAAAUAAUAAUUUAGCUGAAUUAUGGUCUCCAUUAAAUCGAAAUGAAAAAAAUCCUUCUUGUGAUUAUUUAAAAGGAUUAUCAAUGAAUACAUUUGUAGGAACACAUGUUAUGCCUGAUAUUUAUUGUCCUAUAGAAGAAAAAAAAAUCUUAGGAUAUCCAACUGAUAAAUUUUAUAGAAAAUAUCCAAAAAAAAAAAGUGAUAUGGAUUCAGCAUUACCAAUUCCAAUAGCACGACAUUUUUAUAAACAAUAUUCAUUAAUUAAUUCUAAUAUAACUUAUAUUGAAAUGGCACGUACAGGACAUACACCUACAACAAUAUCAUAUAUAUUAUCACCAACAUUUCAACCUGAUCGUUCAUGUUUAGAUAAAAUAAGUAAAAUUGAUUUUUCUGGUAGAACAACAAGAACUAAACGCUUAGCUAUUCAAUAUUUUGGAAGUGAUGAUAUUUGGGGAAUAAAAAAAGAAAAUGAAACAAUAAAUAAUUUAGCUCAUGUUUCAUUGCAAUCUUGUGAAAUGUUAUCGUUUGACGAUGACAAAAUUUUACAUAGCAUAAAAAGCAAACUUAAUAGUCUUAAUAAUAAUGGAACAGAAACUAUUAUUGAUUCUAUUCAAACUUGUGGAUAUAAAUGGAAUAUAAUUGAAAAUGAUGAUGGUGACUAUUUUAAAGACCAUGCACAACGACAACGAUCUCAGGUAACGAACAUAUUUAUUGGUAUUAUUUCCCUAUGUAAACAAAUAUGGCACGUUGAAAAUGUUAAAGAGUACACAAUAUUCAAACAAUUAUCAAGUUUAUUACAAAUAUACAACUGA